AUGGAAAGGGCUCUAUCGGAACAAAAGAUUUGGAAAGCAGCUCGCAGCUGUUUAAAGAUCCCACCUAAAGUGCGGGUGGCCGCAGCCACCCGGACUGCGUCUGGCGAUCGCGCGGGGUCGAAAACUAACAACCACUCACGGCCUCAGUGCCUUAUCUCAAACCCUAAUCUAGCUACUAAUCGGUCGCCAGACUGCGGGAAAGUAUUUGAGCCUCAGGGCAUUUUUAAAGAGUCGAGCCCUGAAGAAGUUUUUAAAAAGCCACUGCCCCUCGUGUCACAAAAUGGCGCUGGGGAAGAGAGAGAGGGGCAGGGCGAGAGGUCCGUUCCCACCACAGGCAUGCGCAAUUUCGAACACCAGGGGGAGGGCGCGGCCGGCAAGAGGGAGGAGACCCCAAGAUCCAACCGGGGAGCUCACCCCAAAACACUCCCCUGGGAGGAGGAGAACUCCUCCAAAGAAGGGCAGAGAAGGGGAGGGGGAAGAAGAAGGCGGAGUUCGGGCAAAAGUCACCGGUGGCCAGAAGCUCCUUACCACUCCGCUUCCACCGACUCGGAUCGCGAGUUCGGGUGGGCCGGACAGACAUUGCGGCACGAGCGGUGGAGAAGUCGAGGACACACAGGGCGAUGCACAUCCAGUGCAGAAUCAGAAUCCGAUUCUGAUAGAAAUAAUGCUCCAGCCGUUCCCAUCGAAAAUACUGGCUCGUUCACACCGCGCGCAAACCAAGGGGGCCACCGCAACCAGGAAGUGAAGGUCCCGGAGCUCCGAAGUUUAGUGUCAAAAGCCAAGGGUCCAAUUUUAGAGGGCAGCAGCACAGAGGGACGUUUAAAACAUUCAGGAAGAGAACACAGGCUAUCCUGCCGAUGUUACGUAGCCAGGGGUGGCUCCAGCUACAUCUCACUCAGCGUCCACAGAGACAGGAGGGUUUCUCCCCUGGCCAUGCCCUCAGGAAAGUUCGGCAGCAGCUUUGCACGUCUCAGAACCAAGCUUGUCGGAACAUCAAGAAUAAACAUGGCAGAAACAGCUGAAGAACAUUCUGAUAUUCCAGCUGUUGUUCCUUUAUCGGAGUAUGAAGCAGCAGAACAGGAAAAAAUGGAAGCCCAACGAGUGAAAGAUGCUGAAGCAAUGAGAGAACAAACCUCAGAGGAAGAGAGAGCAGAAAAGUUAGAGGAGACCCUGAAGAUGGAGUAAAGAUCUGAAGGACUGGUACAUGCAGUUGCUGUUACUGUUGUGAAAGAAGAAAGGGUGGUGAGCAGCAUUGAGGAGAGAUCACCAUCAUGGACAUCUGCUGCUCUGACAGAGUGCAUUGAGCAGGCAAGAGAAGAGGAAGAGAAAGAAAUUCAGAAAGCAGCUGAACUGGGUGUUACUGUGGAGGAUGCAGUGGUAGCUGCUAAGACAGUGCCAGAGACCAGAAAGGAUGUAAGUGAUGACACCACAGCAAGUGAACUGGAGCUAACCUCUGAAGCAGUGACUGCUCUGGAGAGAACAGAAGCUUCCUGUGCUGAAGAAACAAUGGAAGCAUCCCUUGCUGAAGAGACAACUGAGAUGGUUUCUGCUGUUUCACAGUUGUUAGAAACCCCAGAUACUACAGAGAAAGCUACACCAGUUCAAGAAGUAGAGGCCACUGAACAAAAUUUGAAAGAAUUGGACAAACAGACACAAAAAGUUCUUCAUGAAGUUGCUGAAAGAGUCAAGUCAGAUGUAACACAGCUGGUUAGUGAAAGAGCUGUAGCAGAAACUGUAAUUACAACAGCACAGGGACUUGAGUCAGAAGUGAAAGGUGGUGCUAAAGAUGGGAGCAUUGUAGACCAGGAAACUGUUCUGCUUGAACAGUCCUUGGAAAAUGAACACAAAGAAGAUGGCCCCCAGCAAAGUGCAGAGAGCAUUCAGGGCCAAAACAGAGUUGAAGAUAUUGUUUUACUUACAGGAUCAGAGAAAAGUGAAAUACCUUCUGUGAUGGAAAAAAGCACGGAAAGACAUCAAGGAUAUGUUGAAGAUCAUAAAGAAGUAAAUGAAGUGCAGAGGAGAGCAGAGGAAACUUUAUCACAUGCCGAAGAGUUUAACAGCAUCAAAGCCAUCACUCCCAAGGAAGAGCUGUCUGCAAAGCAGAAGCCUUCAGAACAAGAGAAACUGCCUGUAACAGAGUUGACACUGAAUGGGACAAGAGAUGAAUGUGCUCUAGAAGGAAAGCCUGCAGUUCAGGACAAGACAGAGGAUGAAACCUCAUCCUUGGGGCUAACAGCUGAAAAGCCUAUGCAGCUUGGAGGAGAGGGCAGAACGCUUACUUUGGGACCAGAGUACACAGAAGCAGUUGUCACUGUGGUCCCUGUUAAAACUGAAAAACAAGAUGGAAUUCCUGACUCAGAAGAGCAGGUUUGUGCUAAAGGAGGGCCUAGCAGGACACCUGUCCUGAGAGAGGAAGAUGAUGCUGUGCUCAAUGGAAUAAAAAGCACAGAAGUCACUGUUCCUGAGGUUCUACUGCAGAGCAAGGAAAAAACUUCUGCCAUUCCUUCAAAAACAGAUGACUCAGAAGCAGAUGCUGAGCAGAGUGUGAGCAAUGGGUCUGACAGAGACUUUGCAGCAAAACAUUCUGUGGCCAUCACAGAACCACAGUGCAGAGACAAAACAACUGAAACUCCCUCCAAGAGUGACGAAGCAAAAGGUGGCAAAGUGGAAAGUGCUGUGCUCAAAUCUGAAAUGCAGCUGGAGAGCACUUCCAUUGUUACCGAGGCUCCUAUGCAGAUUGAAGCACAUGGGGCAUCUAAUUUAGCAUCAACAUGCCCAGAGAUUGUUGAAAAUGGAAGUGCUGUUAUCCCUGAUAUAAGUCCUAAGAAAUGCGAAACACCCAGCAGCUUGGCUGGAGAAGAGACUGUGGGAAAAGGACAAGAACUCGUAGAAACCUUGAGCUGUCAAGGUUCUCAGAAAGAAGAUAAGAAAAAUGAGCAAUUGCUGGAAGGAGCCAAAGAAGCAUUUGAAUAUGGAAAACAGGAAGCUGUGAGGCAUGAUGAAUGUUCAACUGCUGUCCAGCAAGAGGAAGGCUCUGACUCAGCCUUUGCAUAGGCUGAAAGCUUAGGGGCUCUGAAAACACCUGUGGCUGUCACAGCUGCAGCAGGUGGAGAGCAUGUCAUGGCAGAAACUGCGACACACACAGACGUGACAGCCAAAACUGCACAGCCCUUGGCAACCACACCAGAGCAAAUGGUUUCUCAAGAGGUCCCAGUUUCUAAUAUUGACUGUUCAGGCUGUGGGACUGCAGAGCUUGAUAGUGUGGAGGCAACCAAGCCUGGAGUAACUUGUGCUUCUAUGAAUAGAGUAUCAGAAGAGCAAGAGCAGCCCCAGAGCACGGAGCAAGCCGAACACAAUGGUAUUCCUUCCAGUCACAGUCUGUCUCCCAGCCACCUGGAAUUUCAGAAGCAUGUCAUUCAGUCUGUGAUCAUAGAGUCCCAGAGCACAGAAAUUGUAUUGAAUGCCAUCCAGUCAGCUGUUCACAAGCUUGCAGAAACAGAAGAGUUGGCUGCCCUUGAGUCAGAGCAGAGCAUUAAGUCCAUAAGGAAAAGCCCAUCAGAUACAAUUGUACCUGAACUUCUGGGAAGUACUGGCAGGGACAGAGGGUUUUACCAAUUCCAUUCCCCCGAGCGACCAAGUGCGCAUACCAGCGACCGCACUGCCAGCAUUAAAUCAGUUCCCCAGGGGGGAUGAGAUAAAUAGUCCUGCCCAGAGAUGCUGAACCACCCGAGCACUAGAGAAAGGCCCACAAGUUACAGUUAAGAACAGACUAAGGGAGUGGGAACAAGGUAGGAGACU